GAUGUGUUUUUCCGUACAUACAGCAGCUCAUUCAUUAAGCUAUCUGAGCAGCCAUGGAAGGACACCCCAAGAUGCCCAUUUGCAACACACCGAGGGAGCUAAUAGUGGACCCGAGUCAUGACCCAAAAGGCUUCAAAAUAAAACAAGGUUCUGGAUGUGGAAGGCAUGAAGGUGAAGCUGCAGAUCUGGGACACGGCUGGCCAGGAACGCUUCCGCAGCGUGACCCACGCCUACUACAGAGACGCCCAUGCGCUGCUGCUGCUCUAUGACGUCACCAACAAGGCCUCCUUCGACAACAUCCAGGCCUGGCUGACGGAGAUCCAGGAGUAUGCCCAACACGAUGUGGUGCUCAUGUUGCUGGGAAACAAGGUGGACUCUGCUCAGGAGCGUGUGGUGCGGAGGGAGGACGGGGAGAAGCUGGCCAAGGUGAGUGGGGGCACCGUGGGUGGGGCGGGGCGCCUGGGAGGCAGGGCAGCCGCGGCUGCCCCUGCCAGGCUUGGGGCAGCUGGCACAAGCCGUCUGCAGGAGUACGGGCUGCCAUUCAUGGAGACUAGCGCGAAGACCGGCAUCAACGUGGACUUGGCCUUCACUGCCAUCGCAAAGGAGUUGAAACAGCGCUGCACCAAGUGUCCCAGCGAGCCCUGCUUCCGGCUGCACGACUAUGUGAAGAGAGAGGGUCGAGGGGCCGCCUGCUGCCACCCCUGAAGCCUGGCUGAGCUCAGCCCUGCCUGGAGGAGCAGCCGUGUCCGGGAGGGCCGGACAAGGGGGCCGUAGGCCCUUUUGACGUCACCUAAUGGACACCCCCAGUGUCAACUAUUUCUAGGAGUCCCGGGCCCAAGUUUCGUCUUUGUCCCAAUGGCUAUCUAUCUCAAUCCUCAGCCCAGACAAGCAGACCUCAAAAGCCACGGUAACACCACGCCAAGGCGCUCUGCUGCCCCCGCCUGGCCGUUCCCAGCUAAACCGGUCCCAGGCCAGUUCAGUGCCUGACUUGUUUUUCAAAGCCAUGUGUCUGUCCAUCCAUCACCAGACUCCUGCCUAGAACAGAGGCCUCCCGCCAGAAAGCACGCACCUACGCGUCUCAAGGCCCACAGCCUCCUCUCUCCUCCUAGCUUACUCCCCAGGUCCUGGCCCAAACAAGACCCUCAAGUGAUUUCCAGGCUGUGGCUUUCUAAAACAGCAAAUAGCUUGUGGGAGAGGGCUGGGCAUGGAGUUAGGGGAGGUCUUUCUACUGCUGACACCAAGCUCUCCCCAACCAAUCACGACUGCAAGUCUG